AUGUAUAAUAUUUUGGACGAUUUGCGCAUCUUGAACUAUUUCAGGGUGCAACAUCGAUCGUGUAAAAUUUAUUUGCCUAAAGAAGUUACUUGGAAUCCUCCUAAUCAAGAUGAAAUAAUGCUCUGUUGUGAUGGCGCCUCUUUUGGAAAUCCGGAUCAGGCUGGUGCGGGUGUUGUUUUUCGAGAUGCCAAUGCAGCGGUGCUUGAUGCUCUUUCUGUUGGCCUUGGCUGUCAGACUAAUUUUUAUGCAGAAGUUUGUGCUAUUACAUAUGGUGUGAUGUUGACCAAGAGGUGGAAUGUUAGAAAUAUAUGUGUUCAAUCGGAUUCGAUGAGUUGCAUUCAAGAUUUUCAGAAGGGUGAAUUACCUUGGCAGCUAAGGAAGAAAUGGAGAAUGGCGAAGGAGUUCUACAAUAAUAUUCGUUACAUUCAGAAAUAUAGGGAAGUUAAUUUUUCAGCUGAUGCUUUGGCCAAGCGAGUUUGUUUGCUGGCUGAAGAUACUUUUGAGUUUUAUGAGGGGAGGCCAGUUUUUCUACUUUCUGUAGAAUGGCCGGGUGGGGUUUAUUUCCGUUUUAAAUAG